AUGUGAAAAUAUGCGGAAUUCCAUCAUGAAAAGGUAAAAAAAAAGGCUAGACACAAAUCUAUAUACUAAAUACAAACUAAGUCCCAAUUCGAUAGAAAUUACGAAUCAUAAAAAAAAAUAUAGGUUAGAGUUCGGGUUCGAUUUCCGUAGAUAAUAUAGAAAGGAUUGUCUAUAAUGAUAGGCAAAUAAAAGACUUUCUCGGGAUUUUUGGUCAUCCGUUUGAUAUUUUGAAAAUAGGUGGAUUGAAAUUUCAAAUUGAAUAGAAAUAGAAUAAUUCAAAAAAGUAAACAAUUGAAUUGGAUUCCUUUGGAUGGUACCAACAAAAUGGAUUGCUAACUCCUAUUUCUUAUUUAAUUAAUCGAUCAACUUGCUAUCGGACAUUUUUUUUUUUUUUUUUUUUUGGAUUCGAUAAUUUUCAUUUUCGCAAAAAAUUUCGACAUACUUUACUAUAUAUUAUGAGAACCAAUUCUACUACUUCUGGUCCUGGGGUUCCCACACUUGAAAAAAAAAACCUGGGGCGUAUCGCUCAAAUUAUUGGUCCGGUACUGGACGUAGCUUUUCCUCCAGGCAAGAUGCCAAAUAUUUACAACGCUCUAAUAGUUACGGGUCAAGAUACUACUGGUCAACCAAUUAAUGUGACUUGUGAGGUACAACAAUUAUUAGGAAAUAAUCGAGUUAGGGCUGUAGCUAUGAGUGCUACAGAUGGUCUAAUGCGAGGAAUGGAAGUUAUUGAUAAAGGAGCUCCUUUAAGUGUUCCAGUCGGCGGCGCGACUCUCGGACGAAUUUUUAACGUGCUUGGGGAGCCUGUUGAUAAUUUAGGUCCCGUAGAUACUCGCACAACAUCUCCUAUUCAUAGAUCUGCGCCUGCCUUUACACAGUUAGAUACAAAAUUAUCUAUUUUUGAAACAGGAAUUAAAGUGGUAGAUCUUUUAGCCCCUUAUCGCCGUGGAGGAAAAAUCGGACUAUUUGGGGGCGCGGGAGUGGGUAAAACAGUGCUCAUUAUGGAAUUGAUCAACAAUAUUGCAAAAGCUCAUGGGGGCGUAUCCGUAUUUGGCGGAGUAGGUGAACGUACUCGUGAAGGAAAUGAUCUUUACAUGGAAAUGAAAGAAUCCGGAGUUAUCAAUGAACAAAAUAUUGCAGAGUCAAAAGUAGCUUUAGUCUACGGUCAAAUGAAUGAACCGCCAGGGGCGCGUAUGAGAGUUGGGUUGACUGCCCUAACUAUGGCGGAAUAUUUCCGAGAUGUUAAUGAACAAGACGUACUUCUAUUUAUCGACAAUAUCUUCCGUUUCGUCCAAGCCGGAUCUGAAGUAUCUGCCUUAUUGGGUCGAAUGCCUUCCGCUGUAGGUUAUCAACCUACUCUUAGUACCGAAAUGGGCUCGUUACAGGAAAGAAUUACUUCUACAAAAGAAGGAUCCAUAACUUCGAUUCAAGCCGUCUAUGUACCUGCAGACGAUUUGACCGAUCCCGCUCCUGCCACGACAUUUGCACAUUUAGAUGCGACUACCGUACUAUCAAGAGGAUUGGCCGCCAAAGGGAUCUAUCCAGCGGUGGAUCCGUUAGACUCAACGUCAACUAUGCUUCAACCUAGGAUCGUUGGUGAGGAACAUUAUGAAAUUGCGCAAAGAGUUAAGCAAACCUUACAACGUUACAAAGAACUUCAGGACAUUAUAGCUAUCCUUGGGUUGGACGAAUUAUCCGAAGAAGAUCGUUUAACUGUAGCAAGAGCACGAAAAAUUGAGCGUUUCUUAUCACAACCUUUUUUCGUAGCAGAAGUAUUUACAGGCUCUCCAGGAAAAUAUGUUGGUCUAGCAGAAACAAUUAGAGGGUUUCAAUUGAUCUUUUCCGGAGAAUUAGAUGGUCUUCCUGAACAGGCCUUUUAUUUGGUAGGUAACAUCGAUGAAGUUACCGCGAAAGCUAUGAACUUAGAAAUGGAAAAAGUAAAAGAAAUCAUUUUAUCUACUAAUAGUGGCCAAAUUGGCGUAUUACCAAAUCAUGCCCCGAUUGCCACAGCGGUAGAUAUAGGGAUUUUAAGAAUACGCCUUAACGACCAAUGGUUAACAAUGGCUCUGAUGGGCGGUUUUGCUAGAAUAGGCAAUAAUGAGAUCACUAUUUUAGUAAAUGAGGCUGAGAAGGGUAGUGACAUUGAUCCACAAGAAGCUCAGCAAACUCUUGAAAUAGCAGAAGCUAACUUGAAGAAAGCGGAAGGAAAGAGACAAGUAAUUGAAGCAAAUCUAGCUCUUAGACGAGCUAGGACACGGGUAGAGGCUAGCAAUACGAUUUCGUCGUAACUAAUCGGUGCGUUCGAAUAAUCAAAAGAAGUUCUGUUUAUACACCCUUUAUCUAUAUCUUCUAUAUAUAUAUAGAAGAUAUCAUACAUAUCUUAUUUUGAUUUUAUUGAUUCAAUCAAAUUCAAAUAAGAUAAUCAAUUUAAUAGUCUUAAUAAUCCGAGGGUGAGUAGAAAAACUUAUUAGAUACCAAAGUCGAGGGUAUCUAAUAAGUUUUACCUACUAUUGGAUUUGAACCAAUGACUCCCGCCGUAUGAAAGCAAUACUCUAACCGCUGAGUUAAGUAGGCCUUUAUAUCAUUCCAAAGAGGACUAAAUAUAACCAUCACAUAGAUUGAUUAUAAAUCCAAUAUUGUUUAGAAGCAAUAUCAAUCAAACAGAUCAAAGAGCUAUGAUGUUGGAUCGUGGAAUAUUUAUCUUGACAAGAAAUUAUCUACAUGCUAAAAUAUGGAGCAUAAACACAAGGGCUAUAGCUCAGUUAGGUAGAGCACCUCGUUUACACGCGCGCCAAUGGUUUUCAGGGGAGUCCAUAAUGCAAUCAAAAGAAUUCAUCUUUUUGAUAAAUCUAUGUCUUACUCUAUGACUUUGAGGAAACAAGAGAACAAUAGCCUGACAAUUAGUUCUAGUUCGGUCCUACUUAAGUGUCCAUUUAGUUACCAAAUAGAACCCAUUAUUGAUUUGAGAUAUUGAUAGGGUGAAUACCCAGCCUAUUCAAUGCUAGGCAUAAUGAGUAUAAGGGCCUCAAAAAAUCUCUUUUCGUCCUAUGAACUUUAAGGUGUAUGAAGUUUCAUAUUGGAUUCUUUAAGCAGAACGAUAGAGACUCCAUUUAAUUUUUAAAAUUGAUCUAGGCCAAAGGCAGACCUACGUCAAGAUAACUCUUCUUUGAAACACUUUGGUAGUGCUUUUGAAUCAAAAUUCCAAUAAAUAAUGAAUCGGAGCACAUGGAACCCUUUUCUUUCUAUCAAGAAAAAAUAUGGUGGACUAGCUGAUAUUUAUAUCAGUUAAUGAAAGAGCCCAAUGCAAAAAAAAGCAUGUUGGGUCUUUGAAACAGUUCAAAUCAUUUUGAGAAUAAUAAGUUUGAUCUGUUUUAC